GUCCCACAUUGGUCCCUCUCUCGACAAGACUCGCUCCAUCUUUCUUGCUUGCCAUUGCACCUUUCCUGGCCUUCUUGCUUCUUGCUUACGGAGAUAGAUCUCAAAGAGUUGGACCAAGUCGACCAACAACCUUGUGGUCUCUUUUGUUGAUCUUGAGCCAAAACUAUCCCAAUAAACAGUUCUGUUGUCGGGUAUGUUGCUAUCUGAGCCCACCCUGAGUACCCCCCAGGCCAUCCAAGUCUCACUGAAAGCUGCACUUCAAGUCACCGUCCUCCUUCUCAUUGGUUUGGCGUCCUCGUCAAGCGGCACGCCCAUUCAACCGCAUCAGAGCAGUUUUGGCAAGAAUGAGGCUACUCGACGUCUCGGAUCCAACCAAAAUGAUGUAAAUGGACAGCUUCAAUAUGCAUCGGAUGGGCUCUACGGUGUGGGUCGAUCCUCAUCUAGACCCAGGUGGUUCCAAGAUCGCCCCCGAGAAGAUGUGAACGAGCUGCAGCUGUUGCAAAACUUCCAAGACCGGGACUUUCAGGGUGGCCAUGUGCAGAGCGCUCCUCGUGCCGGGCCAACCAUGCCUGAGGUGGAUUUGGACCUGAUUCCAACGGAGGUUCUAGCCAACCUGUUCAACUCACUCAGCGCCACUCCGGAGGUCGGUGGGCGUGCCAAGCGAAACAAACAUCUCCGCCUGUCGCUCACCAAUAACAUUGACGUGCUCCGAGAGAAGCUCUAUGCCGAGUUGGCCCGUCGGAGUCUCCUCCGCAACCAAUCCCAGGUGGAGAAUGCCAACGAGGGCUUGGCCAGCAUUGGUUAAUCCACCGGCGGCACACCCAGCACUCAUAAUCAUGAUCACUUUGUUUAUGAUGGAUUAUUAACCCGCCCUUUUCUGGAUAGUUGAGCCUCCUUUCCCCAACCAUGCCGAUUCAUUUUUCCUCUGGUUUCCACAACUUUUGGAGUUCCUCCCCCGCUCCCAUGCAAGACCAUACAUAUAUCAUAUCUCAAUGAACAAUAACAUAUUUACGUGACGACUUAUUCACAAACCUGGCCUUUUAUCGACUCCAUGUCCACCAAGACGAUGACACACGUACUAAUGCGAACGAACAGGCUUGACACGCCCACCCCAGGACCAAAAACGAACUGGAUAUGCUGCUCUUAUGUAAAAACUAAACUCACCAACCAAAGAGUGAUGUUGAUUGACUUUGUAUCUGCCCUUUAUCUCACAACACCAACAACAAUAAUAACACCAACACCAACACCAUCAACAUUACCAACAAAAAAUAAUCUCACACCCUUUUAAAAUAGUGUCACAACCAUAAAAAAAAUCAAUUUAUUCAUAUCCAUGAACAAAAAUAAAGAAAAAAACAUGUAUUACGAAGUAUCCCCUAAAACAAAGAGGAAUAAACUUAUUUUCAAAAAAGUAA